GGCAAACGCUUAGUAACUACAUGUCCCAUAAUGCCUCACGCCACCGCCUGAAAAGUUACCGUACUACCAUGUAUAAACCUGUGUAGAAACGAGUAGUGUUUUGUUAGGAAGUUAGUAUAAUAAUACAUGGGCAUAAUUACACAUAAAUCGUAUCGCUAUAUCCUGUGUGCUACAGCUACCUUAUUUUUGGUCGUUUACUACGUCAAAUUGCAGUUGCUGUCAAACUCCUCAGCAUCGAUGAGUAAACACACACUAGAGUAUUUUCUCAACAAAGGGACAAUACAAAGAAAUGAUGCUGCUGAUAUUGAGUGGUUUCACGCGACAAACAGCAAGAGCAAACUCACCGAGGCUCUUCGAAGUUCCGCACAGAUGAUUGAAGCUGAUGUUCUUCUCAGGGGUCGUGAUCCUGAAGAGCCCAUUAUGGCGCACCCGCCUGAGAACGACAGUGAUAUCAACCUACAGGACUGGCUGAAAGAGGUUGUGAAAUCAGACAAAGGAAUAAAAUUAGACUUUAAAAGCCUCACAGCAGUAUCCCCAUCUAUGAUUCUACUGCAAGAGGUUCGAGAUCAGCUGCAGGGACCAGUGUGGAUCAAUGCUGACAUUCUUCCAGGUCCUGGUGGAAAAGCCAUUCCUUUAGACCCUCAGGUCUUUCUAAAACAAGCGUCUCUCAGAUCAGACGAUGUUCUCUCUUUGGGUUGGACCACUGGAUGGGAUGCAAAUGUAGAUAACCUUGGCUACAGCUGGGAGAUGGUUCAUCAGAUGGAAAACUUGUGCAGAUCCCUAAAGCAACCAGUCACAUUUCCAGUCCGAGCAGCCCUACUUCCUGUGUCCUUUUCACAGCUUCAGUGGCUUUUAGAGCAAUCAAAAACGUACAGCCUGACUGUGUGGACAGGCAGAGAUGAUGUUUUUAAAGUCGAGGAGCUGUUGCCCUACAGGCAAAACUUCAGCAAAACCAGAAUCUACUAUGAUCUGCUAGAAUCACAAAUGACACAAUUUAAACGACUACCUAGCUUCUCCUAAUGAAAAACAAUAACAUGAGUUUGACUUUAAAAAGUAAAAACAUUAAGCACAUGACAUUUUAUUAUUUUCAAUUUAGGACUUCAUCCUCAUGUUUCUUUGAUUGUCCUAAGUCUAAUUAAUAGACAAUAUCAGAGAAAAACUGUAUUUUUGUCAUUUACAUUUUGUUGUACUUUGGACGUUUAUGCAUUUAUAAUGACAAAAUGCAUUAAAAGCAAGA